UAUAGUUUGUAGUUGAAUGGGAUAAUCUUUAUGUUAAUUAAUAAAUAAUACUGCUUUCUAAAAAAUAGUAUUUUCUUUUAUGAUAGUCUAUUUUUAAAAAAUUAUUAGUUUACUGAGUAAUUAUUAAAUGUAGCCAUGAUUAAUAAGCAUAUAUACCAAUAUAUAUAAUUAAUUUUUAUAUUUUAUACUUUAAAAUUAUAAUUUUUAUAAAAUGUUUAAUUGAGGUAUUUAAAAUAGUGAUAAAAAUUAAUGAUAUUUACUUAAAAGAAAUACAUUUUUUAAUAACUAACGUGUAAUGUAUAGUACCUUUUUUGGGAUAAAGAAAGCACUUACUAAAUUAUCAAUUAAGGACCCACAAGGUUAACUAUUCAAAGCUCUCAAAAAAAAAAAAAAAAAAACAAUGAGUGUGCUAAUUCAUAAAAUUAUUAUAGAAACAUCAUAUACCUUGAAAGUUGGAAAGAUUAAUAUUGAAAAUCAUCGUUGCCCAUGAUUUACCGUUGUUAAUUAUUGUAUUAGUCAAAUAUGUGCAGCUGAUGGAAUUUUCCAGAGUUUAAUACUUUUCCUGCUAGAUUACAUGAUCUGCAAUAUUUAUAAUCAAUGUUAGAAAUAAAUGAAAUCACGUAAUUGUGAAAAUGAAGAAACAAAUUUGACAGCCAAAAACCUCACAAGCAAAUCUGACAGCCUACUAAAACCACUAUAAAAUGUGCGCAUGUGAUUACCAGUUUACUCCCACUACACUACCAGCCUUUACCAAAACCAUUGCUUAAUAUGGAGCAGCAAAUUCUCUCAUUUCCAGUCCUUCUAAGCUUCUUCCUUUUUAUCUUCAUGGUCUUGAAAAUAAGGAAGAAAUACAACAAGAAUAUCAGCCCUCCUCCAGGACCAUGGAAGCUACCUAUCCUAGGUAACAUUCACCAGCUAAUUAGCCCACUACCCCAUCAUCGCCUAAGAGACUUGGCCAAAAUUUAUGGGCCUGUGAUGAGUAUUAAACUUGGCGAAGUUUCUGCUGUGGUAAUUUCUUCCGCGGAAGCAGCAAAAGAAGUACUAAGAACCCAGGAUGUCAGUUUCGCUGAUAGACCCCUUGGCCUCUCAGCGAAAAUGGUGCUUUAUAAUGGUAACGAUGUUGUUUUUGGUUCUUAUGGAGAACAAUGGAGACAACUGAGAAAAAUUUGCAUAUUGGAGCUGCUUAGUGCAAAACGUGUUCAGUCUUUCAAAUCGUUAAGGGAAGCAGAGGUAUCAAAUUUUAUUCGUUUUCUUUAUUCGAAAGCAGGGAAGCCUGUCAACCUUACUCGCAAGCUGUUUGCUUUAACAAAUACUAUUAUGGCGAGAACCUCCGUAGGUAAACAAUGUGAAAAUCAAGAAGUUCUCUUAACAGUUAUAGAUAGGAUUUUUGAAGUAUCAGGAGGUUUCACUGUUGCUGAUGUUUUUCCUUCAUUUACUUUGCUUCAUUUAAUUACUGGGAUCAAGUCUCGACUUGAGAGGUUGCAUCAAGACACAGAUCAGAUUCUUGAAGACAUCAUAAAUGAGCAUAGAGCUUGUAAGGCCGUAUCCAAGAAUGGUGAUCAGAAUGAAGCUGACAAUCUUUUAGAUGUUCUUUUGGAUCUUCAGGAAGAUGGAAACCUUCGAGUCCCUUUAACCAAUGACAGCAUCAAAGGAACAAUUCUGGAUAUGUUCGCUGGUGGGAGUGAUACAACUUCAAAAACUGCAGAAUGGGCAGUGUCAGAAUUGAUGUUCAACCCAAAAGCAAUGAAAAAAGCACAAGAAGAAGUGAGGCGAGUCUUUGGCCAAAAAGGGAUUGUUGAUGAAUCAGGAUUUCAUGAAUUGAAAUUCUUGAAGCUGGUUAUUAAAGAAACUCUGAGAUUGCAUCCAGCAUUGCCCUUAAUUCCAAGAGAGUGUAUGAACAAGUCUAAGAUCAAUGGAUACAACAUUGAUCCAAAAACCAAGGUUCUGAUCAAUGUGUGGGCAAUUGGAAGAGAUUCUAAUAUCUGGCCUGAAGCAGAGAAAUUCUAUCCAGAAAGAUUUCUGGAUAGUUCAAUAGAUUAUAAGGGCACUAGUUAUGAGUUCAUUCCAUUUGGUGCAGGAAAGAGGAUAUGUCCUGGCAUGAUGUUGGGUACAACUAAUCUUGAGCUUUUUCUUGCCCAACUACUGUAUCAUUUUGACUGGCAAUUCCCUGAUGGAGCGACACCUGAGAUUUUUGACAUGACAGAGGCUUUUAGCGGUUCAAUUAACAGAAAAUAUGAUCUUAAUUUAAUUCCCAUUCCGUUCCAUCCCUUGCGUGUAGAAUAGAGCUACAUCAAAAUCUUAAUUAUGCCAUGUUUAGUUUGUUUUGGUGUAAUGCAGAACGUAAUAAAAUGAAUAUUGGAAUUAAAAUAAAAUGCACUAACUUUUGUUUGAUAGUGCUGUAUUAUUAGUCUUAGUGGGAUAUCCACUAACCUUUGUAUAUUUUCUACCGACUCUCCACUCUAUAUAAGGAGAGAUCUUUGAGAAUAAGAGGCAGGCAAGUUUUCCUCUAAA